GGAGGAGUAUAUAGAGGAACACAGAGGUCAGUACAAGGACGUGAUGAUGGAGAAUCACCGGCCCCUCACAUCACUGGAUGGGCCCAGUAACAGAGAUACCCCAGAGAGAUGUCCCCGUCCUCUGUAUUCCCAGGAUUGUACAGAGGAGAAUCACAGGAUCCCACAGGAGGAUCAUGUACAACUUCUGUCUGAUAUUAAAACAGAAGAUAUAGAGGGAGAAGAAGAGACGUAUGUGACUGAUAUAAAGGCAGAAGAUACAGAGGGAGAAGAAGAGACGUAUGUGACUGAUAUAAAGGCAGAAGAUAUAGAGGGAGAAGAAGAGACGUAUGUGACUGAUAUAAAGGCAGAAGAUACAGAGGGAGAAGAAGAGACGUAUGUGACUGAUAUAAAGGCAGAAGAUAUAGAGGGAGAAGAAGAAAUGUAUGUGACUGAUAUAAAGGCAGAAGAUACAGAGGUAGAAGAAGAGACGUAUGUGACUGAUAUAAAGACAGAAUAUAUAGAGGGAGAAGAAGAGACGUAUGUGACUGCUAUAAAGGCAGAAGAUAUAGAGGGAGAAGAAGAGAUGUAUGUGACUGAUAUAAAGGCAGAAGAUAUAGAGGGAGAAGAAGAUACGUAUGUGACUGAUAUGAAGGUAGAAGAUAUAGAGGGAGAAGAAGAGACGUAUGUGACUGAUAUAAAGGCAGAAGAUAUAGAGGGAGAAGAAGAUACGUAUGUGACUGAUAUGAAGGUAGAAGAUAUAGAGGGAGAAGAAGAGACGUAUGUGACUGAUAUAAAGGCAGAAGAUAUAGAGGGAGAAGAAGAGACGUAUGUGACUGAUAUAAAGGCAGAAGAUAUAGAGGGAGAAGAAGGGACGUAUGUGAGGGGUGAUCAGCAGUGUAAGGAGGAGGAGAUCCCUACAGAUAUCAGCACAGCAGAUGGACACACAAGCAGGAAUAUCUCAGAAGGACAUCUAAAGUUAUCCCCGGAUUGUGACAUAAAAGAUAAUGACAGUAGACAGGAUUCUCCAGGAGCUAACCCCAUUACCCCAAUUAUACAUCCAGCUCUAUCAGCUGGUCCCUCUGAUCCUGGGAAAUGUUCUCCUGAUCACUCUGAUAUUGGUGCAUCUGUUACAGCUCUGAGAGUAGAUACAGUGUUUCCCUGUUCUAUAGAUGCCAAAUGUUUUACACAGAACACAAAACUUAUUACCCAUCAGCCAGCUAAGGCAGGGCAGAGGCCAUUUCCAUGUUCUGAGUGUGGGAAAUGUUUUACAUACAAAUCACUUCUUGUAAGACAUGGGAGAAGUCACACAGGAGAGAAGCCAUUUCCAUGUUCUGAGUGUGGAAAAUGUUUUAUACAAAAAUCAGCUCUUGUUAUACAUGAGAGAAGUCACACAGGUGAGAAACCAUUUCCAUGUUCCGAGUGUGGGAAAUGUUUUACACUGAAAUCACAUCUUCUUAGACAUGUGAAAAUCCAUACAGGUGAUAGGCCAUUUCCAUGUUCUGAGUGUGGGAAAUGUUUUAUAGAUAAGUCACAUCUUGUUAGACAUGAGAGAAGAAGUCAUACAGGUGAGAAACCAUUUCCAUGUUCUGAGUGUGGGAAAUGUUUUCUAGAGAAAUCACAUCUUGUUAUGCAUGAGAGAAAACACACCGGUGAGAAACCAUUUCAAUGUUCUGAGUGUGGGAAAUGUUUUGUACAGAAAUCAUAUCUUGUUACACAUCACAGAGGUCACACAGGUGAGAAGCCAUUUCCAUGUUCUGAGUGUGGGAAAUGUUUUAUACAUAAGUCACAACUUGUUAGACAUGAGAGAAGUCAUACAGGUGAAGAACCAUUUCCAUGUUCUGAGUGUGGGAAAUGUUUUAUAGUUAAGUCACAACUUGUUAGACAUGAGAGACAUCACACAGGUGAGAAGCCAUUUCCAUGUACUGAGUGUGGGAAAUGUUUUGUACAGAAAUCAGAACUUGUUACACAUGGGAGAAUACACACAGGUGAGAAACCAUUUCCAUGUUCUAAGUGUGGGAAAUGUUUUAUACAAAAAUCAAAUCUUGUUAGACAUGAGAGAAGUCACACCUACAAAGGGCAAGGCGUUACCAACCAACAUGGGGGAAGCUUUCUCUCUGACCUCUCAUUACACAAGGUAUCCUGAUCCCGGCUCUAUGUGACCUCUCACAUCUAUCACUUGUGUCACAUUACAUCUUAUACCUGUAGUUUUAUGUUUCUGUUGUUUCCCUGUUACCUAUUCUGUAAGAUCUCCUGCUGUCAUUGUGUGAGGGGAGGGGAGUCACUUUCUAGCAUGAGUAGUAGUUUCUGGAACUGGAUUGCCCAGAGGAGUGUGGGAGUACCAUCCUGGAGGUGACGGGGGUGAGUGCUUAUUACCUAAUGAUAGGGAUACGGUCUGAUUGUCAUGUUCCUGCUACACCUCCGCUCUGCCUAAUAAUGAUUGCCACUUUAUAUAUGGGCAGCUGUGCCAGUGUCGCCCCACAUCUGUAUCUCACAGGCUGUCACAUAAGCCCCUAUAUCUGUUGUAUAUGCAGUAAUCAGUCUUGGGCACAAUUAUAUAAAUAAGUCAAUUUGUGGUAGUACUCCCACGACAUGAGUUAAAGUCCGGUACCCAUGCAGCGACGAAGCAAUGGGCGGCACUCAGGUCACAGAAAAUACAAACAGACAUACCUUAUAUCCCCCCUCAUGUGCAAUGAAUUUUGGCGUGGUUGCAGCGUUCUGACGCCUACAGAAGAUGUCAUCAUGCCGCCCCGCCUACCGGAGAUUUCAUAAUAGAUACAAACUGAAACAUAGAAACAAGAAUUGUUAUACACAAAACAAUUUAAACAGACCAGGAACAAGUACAGAUGCCAUGUAAUAAAUACAGAUCAUAUAUGUAGAUACAUACUUCUAGAUGAUUAUGAAUAUUAAGGUUGCUGACCACAUCUAUACAUCAUUAUAAAAAGCAAUGAAGACCAAGAGACUCGUUAAGGCCUUUGGGAGAAAGAGUUUGCAGCUCAUGAAUCCAUCUGGAUUCUUUCUGCAAUAAAGUGAUCUAUUCCCACCUCUCAGAUUCGCAGGUUUGUGAUCUAUAAUGAUAUAUUUUAAACAGGCGAUGUUAUGUUUGGCUAGGGCAAAGUGCAGAGCGACCGGCUGGUCACUAGUCCCACUUUGUAUGGCCUUUCGAAUGGCCAAUUUGUGAUUAGCCAUACGUUCCCUUAGUGUACAGUCGGUUUCACCGACAUAAUGCAAUCCGCAUGGGCAGCUGAUAAGAUAUAUAAUAAAUCUAGUAGUGCACGUGACGCUAUGCUUAAUGGUGUAUUUUCUUCCACUGAACGGAUACCUGAACGUUCUCCUGGUAAGGAGAGAUCUACAUGUAGUGCAAUCAAGGCAUCUAAAGUAACCUUUUUGUAAAGACAAAAAGAUGUUUUGUUCACUCUGGAGUGCAGACCAGUCACAUCAGAUCUGACUAGCCAGUCAUGUAAAUUACAACCUCUCGUGUAUGUGGGCAUGAUGGUUGUUCCCAUAAGAUUCAGAUCCUUGUCAGUCUCUACCAUGGGCCACAGGGAUUUGGUAGUUUUGGCAAUUGCCCUACUAUUACCAUUAUAGUGAUUAACCCAUGGAAACCGGGUGCUGCCAAUUUUUUUCUCUUUUUUGGCCAAUAAAGUAUCCCGAUUCAUAUUGAGAGCUUUGUUCUUAGCCGCAAACAACAAUUGAAGAGGGUAUCCCCUCUGUCUAAAUUUGCUAAUCAUGUUGUCAAUUUGUAUGGUAGCUUUGGAUUUAUCACUGCAAAUUCUCACCGCCCACAGGAACUGAGAAUAGGGUAAAGCCAAUUUGCAUGAGAGGGGGUGAAAACUUUCAAAGUGAAGCAGCGUAUUGCAGUCAGUGUUUUUAUAAUACAGGUCGGUGGAUAAAAUGCCCUCCUUACACUGUACUAGUACAUCAAGGACAUUGACACACUCUUUGCUGAUAUUAAAGGUAAAUUUGAUCGGAUGUUCCGUAGAGUUAUGAAAAUUCAUAAAUUCCCGGAACUUCUCCUCUGACUGUGACCAAAUGACAAACACGUCAUCUAUGUACCGUAAGUACAUGAUGAUGGAUUCCGAGACAGACCCGUCACUGAAAAAGAUAUCUUGCUCUGCAGAGAACAUGUAAGCAUUUGCAUAGGACGGGGCCACAGGGGACCCCAUCGCACAACCUGCUGUCUGCAGGUAAAACCUGCCAUCGAAAACAAAAUAAUUAUAUGUUAGCGUCAUAGUUAGAAGAUCUAGUACAAACUCAAUAUCUGGACCAACAUAUAAUGGGUUUCCUGUCAGUAAUUUUCGUACAGCGCAUAUACCAGUCUCAUUGUGAAUGACAGUGUACAGACUGGCAGUAUCUAUACUGCAUACAAUAUAGGAAUGUUCUAAUUGGACAAUCUGGAAUCACGCAACAAACCAAAAAUGAAGCAGCCCAGAGGUAAAACAAACCCCGCGGAGUCUUUCUCCAGAUAACGCCAAAGUAACAAGGGUAUAUAUGGGUGGUGGGGAUGUAUUACCUCAGGCGCUAAUGAUGAGCGUAACUUAUUAGAGUGACUAAGUGAAAUCACAAAUCCAGCAUAAUAGUGAACAAGGUGAAGCAAUAAAAUAAUUUCUUAUCUUGAAAAUAGAUAGCCAGGAGUCAUUUUUCCUCAAUGAAUAUUUUUCAAUUCACAGGUUCACAUGUGAAAAAGAGAGAGGAAUAUCAUAUGUAGCACAGUAACAACACUUUAAUACUGACAUACAAACAUGACAUAGAUAUGCAAAUAUAACAAGAAAGGACUAGCACAGUCUCUGUAUGAGGGGAGUCAGAAAAAUUACCAGCAGGUCUGAGAACCAAUGAAAUAGUUCUUAAAACGUACAAUGGCCUCUCCGGAUAAGCUGACCGGACUCCGUUCUUGGCAAAAGUUCUGCAACCCAAAUGUACCACAGAAGCUGCAAGGUCCACUGCUGGUCCCUCAAUAACCAACGCGUUUCCACCUGCUUUGCUGCAGUCUUUUUCAAGGUGAGAUGAGGGGCAGUCUGAUGAUACAGAAUUUAAACAUGUUCAACCAAUCCUCGUUUUUGUGCAAUUAUUUUGAACAGCUGUGUGUUCCCAUAGUUACAAUCUCCUCCAAUCAUAUUAAGGGGCUGAUCAUGAUUGCGUCGUGUCACUUCCGGGAAAGCUGUGGAGGCCAAUCGCAUCUAUCAAAAGGACUAUUUCUUUCUCUUAUUGGUGAUGUCUAGUCCCCGCUUCCGCCAACCUGCCUAGUGCAUGUUCGCCAACCGGAAGUCUCGGGCACCGGCUUCCGUGGUGAACUGAGGCCGGAUGAUCCCGGCCGUUCACUUCCGACCGCCUUGUUGCGCCAACCAAGGCCAGAAGUGCUGUGGUUUAGACGAUCCCUGCUUCCGCCAACCAUUCUGGGAGCAGGAUUGCCAACCAAACCCGGAAGUGCCUCUUCACAAUCAUAUCAGUCCUCGUAAAUCAUACGUCCAAUAUCAAAAUUAAAACAUAGGGGACUGUAAGAGAGUUUCUUCUUGGCUUCUGUCCAGAUAGGCUAGAAUUUAAAAGACAUACAUAAAUAUCCAGAAAUAAAUGCAUAAAAAUACAUUUUAUUAAAAAAUUCUAAAAAAACAUUUCACUUCAAAAUCAUUACUCAGUCCAGAUGGGUGUAGUGUAUUAAGUUCAUAUAUAACCUGCAUUUCAUUUUUAGCUAAAAUCGACAUAAUAUCCCUUUGUCUGUUGGAGCAUUUAAUUAAUUAAAACCCGCAAAUCUAAUGAUGUGUUUUAGAGAUUUGUUGUGAUGGAUUUUAAAGUGGUUAGACAGAGCGUGUGUAGUCAAUCCAUAUUUUUAUAUUUCUGCAAUGUUCGCUUAUCCGUACUUUGAGUGGUCUGGUGGUACGGCCAAUAUAAAAUAAAUGGUUUUUUAGAUGAUUGU